AUGCAGGAUGAGGUGCAGUUCGAUAUCCCAGGAGAUCGCGAGGUGACGGCCAGCAGCUUACACGCUCAGGGAGGCCAGCUUCGUGAUAUCUUAUGCCCGCUUCAGCCAGCUCUACGUCGUGACGAGCACGCGUGCGUGGAUCAGGUGGAGCUCGAGAGCGUUGCAGACGAGUUGGAAGCUGUUGAUGUUCCCGCGCCACCUUCCAUGCGGGGGAGACGUAACCUUCUUCCUCUGCCGUCUGGUGAAGUACGCGAGGUACCCGUUGCGCGCCGUGGAGGUGCUGGCGAGAGGGAGCUGGUGCAGGCUAUGCCGGAGUCGAACGACUGGCUCUCCCUGGUGAUCGUGGGUCUUAACUUCCACUGCGCUCUGCGCGGGCGUUCUCCCCGUCUAGCGCCAAGCCUGGGAGGGCCCGCGGCGGUGCAGACAUCUGCCGCGCGUUUUCUUACUGAGGAGGCGCGGGUGUUCCUGGAUCAGUGCGGCGGCGAGUUGCCCGAGAUCGACUGGGGGGCCGAGGUGAAGGCCUCCGCCGUCAGCUACACAGGGGAGGAGGUUUACUCGUCCGAGCCUUUGAAUCUGGAGAGGCUCGUCGAGGCGCUCCCUCCGGCGUCGGCGGCAUCGUCGGUUGACGUGCUCAGUGUCUGCGAGGGGUGGGUGCACCAGGCGCUGCUGGGCCCGAGCCGCGUCCUGCAGGCGGAGGACGACGUCGAGGUCAUGCCGAGGGCCCCCCGAGUCUGGGCGUCGGCCUCGGAGUGGGGCCGCAUCGCCGCGGUGCCGGUCGAGAGGAAGGUUCUGGGCGGCAUGUUCGGUGUGCACAAGGGCGGCUACAAGCGCGGCGAGGGCCCCCAGAGGCUCGUCAUGAACAUGACACCCUCGAGAGCGAUCCAGAAGGUGAUUCAAUGUGGCGUGCCGCUGCUUCCAUCCUCGGAGAAGUGGCGCAGCGUGGCGCUCAGGCCCUACUUCGCCUUGUGGCUUCCAGCUCGGCGCCAGGCGCUGGGGCUGUUGUCGUGCGAGGGGUCGGUCUACCUGACCUCUACGGUGGUCCCGACGGGCUGGGUCUCGGCGACGGGAGUGACCCAACAUGUUCGCCGUUGCCGCUUGCGGCGCUGGCGGGCCGACGUGCCGGCUCUCCCUGCGGACCGUGAGUUUCGUCGUGACGUGCCUGUUCCUGGUCGGGGCGGUGUGCUGGUGCCAGGUGGGCCCGCCGCCGUCUCAGCUGCGUUGGCGUCCGACGUCCAGCUGCCCCCUCGGAGUUGCGCGCGGCCAGAUGGGCCAGCCGACUCUGUGGCUGAUCGCGACGACGUGCGAGGCGACGUGUCGGUGCCAGGUGGGCCCGCUGUCGCCUCUUCCGUGGGCGCGUUCGGCAGCCGGCAGCCCCCGCAGACUCUGGAGCGGCCGGGUGGGCCAGCUGGGUCAGCGGGGCGGCCGCGGCGUGGCCAGGUGGGCUCGCCGCCGCUGGCGGGGUGGCGUGACAUCUACAUCGGGUGCGGCAGCCAGCACCUGGAGCUCGAGGCGUCGGUGUGGGGGAACCCUUUCCGCCUGGAGGUGGACGGGGGCCGCUGGGAGGUCAUCGCGAAGUUCGGUAUGUGGCUGCGUUCUCAACCUCGGCUGGUGGCCAGGAUGCCAGAGCUGUCCGGGUGCAGGCUGCUCUGCCACUGCCGCGAGAGUCAGGGGUGCCACGGCGGCGAGAUCAUUGAGCUCUGGGACGAGAUGUGCACCCCUGGGCCAGGCGGCGAGGCGCAGCCCGCGCGGACGGAGAACCAGUGCUGGCUCGCCUGGCAGGUUUACCUCGACAGCCUGGACAUGCUGGAGGUCGGACCCGCCGUAGAGAUGGAGUUGCUCAAGCUGGCGGGGCGGCCCGAGGCCAUGUGGGCGGCGCUCGAGCGGUGCGAGGCACUCGGCGUCCCGGUGAGCGAGGCGAAGGCCGUGGUCAGGGACUCCGAGGCUACCGCGCUGGGCGAUUUCGUGAACGGCGAGCAGGGUGCGAUCUGGCCGCCAGGCGAGUUCUGCCACAGGGUGGCCGCGCUGACGCUCUACACCCUGAGGCGCCAGCGCGUCGCGCAGAAGUGGAUGCAGGUGCUGGCAGGGCGCUGGGUGCGGAUGAUGCUCUACCGCCGCGAGACCAUGACCUGCUGCGGGGAGUUCUGGAAGUUUCUGGUGCGCAUGCGCGGCGAGAGGGCGCUUCCCGACGCAGUUCGGCGAGAGCUCGUGAGCGCUCUGUGCCUCAUGCCGUUGAUGCGCUGCGACUUGCGGGUUGACGAGGAGGCGGCGCGGGUCGCGCGGCACAGCUGGCCCGACGUGAUGGAGCUGGGCGACGUCGCCAGCAUCGCCCGCACUUGCCUGGAGCGGGUGAGGGAGCGGGCGCCCAUGAUCCAGCGGAUUGUGCGCCUGGCGUCGGAGGUGGUGGGCGAGGGCUGCCGCGUCUUCAGGAUCAUCGAGAACGUCGCGUCGAUGGAUCAGGAGCCGCUCGACACGAUGUCGUCCGAGCUGGACCUGGGGCCCGUCUUCGUAGACGGCGCAGUGUUCCCCCAUUGCCAUCGCGACCGGGUCUACUGGGUCGACCAGCACGUGAUGGUACCGUUGCAGCUCGCCGAGGUGAGGCCAGAACGCGGCGGGGUGCGCGUGGUGCCUCGGGAGACCCCAGGCUCGCAGGAGGCCAACUGCCUGGCGGAGCCCAACGGGGAGCUGCGCAAGCCGGACGCACUCGAGCGCGAGCUCCUGCUCGACUUCCCCCCUCGCCACACGGUGACGGCGCGGCCGACGAUGGCGAGGAAGGAAGUGCCGACACUGGGGGCCAUGAGGUUCACGGGGGGCGCCUGCGCCAUCGCGGAGGGCGACGUGGUCAUGGAGGGCGACUUCCGCGUGCACGACGACGGAGAGCAGGAGGCGCGCACUGGCGAGCGGGACCUGGUGAGCCGUGAAGCCGCGCUAGGCCCGUCGGUCGCGCUGAUCGAGGGGCUGUCGAGGAGGGCGGAGGCGCGUGGGAGCGACGUGCGGCUCGACGCCCUGGAGAGCAUGUCCCCGCUUGCCUGGUGCGGAGCUGCCAGGGAGCACUGCAUUGGCGACUACGGCAGGUACUGGUGCCGCGACGACAUUGCGCUUCUGCUGAUCGUCGGCUUCAGCGGCUUUUUGAGGACCACGGUGAUGGUCUCGCUUCGCCGUUGGCAUAUCCAGAUCGCGCUGGAUCGCUCGAGUGUUGUCAUCCCCUUGCCGAUCACGAAGAGCGGCCCGCGGUGGCAUGUCGAGGACUCGGUCGUCAUAUCCGACCGAGGCUUCGCUCAUUUUUGCGAACAUGUCCUUGGCCACCUGCAGCCAGGAGAUCAGGUGCUGCAGGGGUCUGUCGCCAACUCCAGGCUGGUCUUCGACAGCCUCCUCGACGGCUUGGGC